GCGGGCGCAGUCCCCGCCCCCGGGGCUCUCCCGCCGCUUCCUGCGGGCACGGACGGGCCGGGGCGGCGGCGGAGCGCGACCCCCACCAGUGCCGGGCGAUGCCGGAAUGCCGGUACCCACCCCUGGUGCCCUGAGCGCGGUGCCGCAUCCCGGCUGCACCAUGGAGGAUGCUCACAGCAGCGGGGCCGAGCCAUGGGCCGAGGGGCACCACAACAGCAACAACAACGCUGCCCCGGGGGGGGGGUGGCCGGGACCCUGCACCGGGCACCCCCUGGCACCGUUUGGUGACCCCGGUGCUGAGCCCAGUUACCUGGGCCGGGUGGUGCUGGAGAUCGUGGAGUCGGAGCGCACCUAUGCCCGCGACCUGCGCAGCAUCGUGGAGGGUUACCUGGGUAAGAUCAUCGAUGCCGAGGAGGCGGUGCUGCGGCCGGAGCAGGUCAGCGCGCUCUUUGGGAACAUUGAGGACAUCUAUGAGCUGAGCAGUGCCCUGCUGCAGGACCUGGAGAGCUGCGCCAGCGACCCGGUGGCCGUGGCCGUUUGCUUCGUCACCCGGAGCCAGGAGUUCUCCAUCUACACCCAGUACUGCAAUAACUACCCCAGCUCGGUGGCGGCGCUGGCCGAGUGCACGCGGAGCAAGGCCCAGGCGCGGUUCCUGCGCGAGUGCCAGGAGCGGCUGCGGCACGCGCUGCCCCUCGGAGCCUUCCUGCUCAAACCCGUGCAGAGGAUCCUCAAGUACCACCUCCUGCUGCAGGAGAUCGCCAAGCACUUUGAGCACAAAUCCGGUGACGACUACGAGCUGGUGCUGGAGGCCAUCGACACCAUGACCUGCGUGGCCUGGUACAUCAACGACAUGAAGCGCAAGCACGAGCAUGCCAUCCGGCAGCAGGAGAUCCAAUCGCUGCUGCUGGGCUGGAAGGGGCCGGACCUGACCAGUUACGGGGAACUGGUGCUGGAGGGGAUGUUCCGGGUGCAGCGCGCGCGGCACGAGCGCGCCGUGUUCCUCUUCGAUAAGAGCCUGCUCAUCACCAAGCGCCGCGGGGACCACUACGUGUACAAGAGCCACAUCCCG